AUGCAGCGAUACAAGCAAUCGCUUGGUCUUAGCGGCGGCACACCUAUUGGUGAUCCUAAAGACCCUCGCACAUGCAUCAUCAAAUCCCUCGCUCUGGAAGUCAAUGGCCGACCGGACAUCACCAUUGAUCUUACCCAACCCGGUUCUGUCGACACCUUGAGUAAACAUCCGUUCACCAUCAAGGAGGGCACCACAUAUCGGAUGAAGGUCGUCUUCACCGUCAAUCACGAGGUCCUCUCCGGUCUCAAGUACAUCCAGUCCAUCAAGCGCAAAGGUAUCCGAGUCAGCAAAGACCAGGAAAUGAUCGGCAGCUUCGCACCCAACACGACCGACAAUCCUCAAUACAUCAAGAGAUUUGCUGAGGAGGAGGCCCCUUCAGGCAUGUUGGCUCGCGGCCACUACGACGCAAGUGUCAGAUUCGCCGACGACGAUGAUCGCACCCAUCUCGAGUUCAACUGGUCAUUCGAUAUCGCCAAGGAUUGGAAAUGA